CCCGCGCUCGGCCGCCAGAGCCAGACUCGCCGCAGACAGGCGGCAGCCAGCGGAGCGGGCAGGGCGGGGGGGGAGGAGGAGGAGGAGGAGGCGGCGGCGACGACGGCGGCGGCGGCGGCGGGGCUGGGAUGAGUUGGAGGCAGCCGCGGCCGCAGCCUGCGCGCAGGGAGGGAGGCGGCGCGGCGCCCCGCGGGAGGCCAGCCCCGAGCGGGGGCCGGGGGGAGGUCACGCUCAGUAUUCACAACCAGAAGGAAGAGGAAGAAUCUCCUGACUCCCUGGACGUCAAGGAUAUCGCUAUGUUGUAUUGGUGAGCGUGCCUGGGGGGAGACAACACGAGAGAGGAGAGACAAUUGAUCACCACUGUUGGCUGGGACCUGAAAAAAUGGUGCUGGAGGAACAGAGGAUUAGAACGGAGUUGUAAAAGGGAAAUCGAGUCUUGGCAGAUGAUUUUCUUCAUUUCCACGUCCACCAUGGCCCAGAUCCUCUGGCUGGCUGGUUGAUGGGACUGUCCAACGCUUAUUGCUUGGGUUCAGUGCAGAUAUCCCCAGUGCCUGCAGACUGAAAGACCUGAGAUCAGGUGGCAAUUGGAUGGUGCCAAAUCCAGGAAUGGAAAGAGAGAUGGACUCUGAUGAGUGAAGAUGGAAGUAACUUGACAGCUCCAAGCUCAGCAGUUGUCUCCAGUAAGGACAGGUUAAGGUUGGAAUCACAAGCUUCGCUGGGAUAGCAGUAUGCAGGAAGCUGGUUUUCAGGCCACAAAUGCUUUCACAGAGUGCAAAUUCACCUGUGCCAGUGGUAAAUGCUUGUAUCUUGGUUCAUUGAUUUGUAACCAACAGAAUGACUGUGGGGAUAACAGUGAUGAAGAGAACUGUCUGCUUGUAACAGAGCAUCCACCUCCAGGCAUCUUUAGCUCUGAACUGGAGUUUGUUCAAAUCAUCAUUAUCAUUGUGGUUAUAACUGUUAUGGUGGUAGUGAUCAUCUGCUUGUUGAACCAUUACAAACUCUCGACGCGCUCCUUUAUCAACCGGCAGAGCCAAAGCAGAAGACAGGAGGAUACUUUGCAGACAAUUAUGUAUGCUCCAAGGUCCAGGGACAGGUUUACAGCCCCAUCUUUUAUGCAGCGGGACCGUUUCAGUCGCUUCCAGCCCACAUACCCAUACAUGCAGCAUGAGAUUGACCUUCCUCCGACCAUUUCCCUCUCGGAUGGGGAAGAGCCGCCGCCAUACCAAGGCCCGUGCACCCUGCAGCUCCGGGACCCAGAGCAGCAGAUGGAGCUCAACCGGGAAUCUGUCAGGGCACCGCCCAACCGAACCAUUUUUGAUAGCGACUUGAUAGACAUUUCCAUGUACAAUGGGGGCCCCUGCCCACCGAGCAGCAAUUCGGGCAUAAGUGCAACCAACUAUAGCAGUAAUGGAAGGAUGGAAGGACCACCCCCGACGUACAGCGAGGUCAUGGGGCACUACCCAGGCUCCUCGUUUUUCCAUCACCAGCACAGCAACGCUCCUCCUUCCUCGCAGAGGGGGAGCAGACUUCAGUUUCAGCAGAACAAUUCAGAGAGCACAAUUGUCCCCAGCAAAGGCCAAGACCGGAAACCAGGGAACCUGGUCUAAGUCACUCUCCAAGGUGCAUUUGGACUGAAGACAAGAGAUUGAAGCAGGGCGGCGGAGGAAGAGCCCAGUGCUCCGGUGCACAGUGUUGUUACAUUUCACGUGGUACAACUUAGUAAAACCAAACGUGCAAACCAGUUGUUUGUUUCUGAUUCCUUUCAGGGGAAUUGCAUGCAAAGCAGAUGGAAAGAAAUACAAACUUCCAUUCAGUUUGUCUAUGAGCAGUGUUUUGGGGGGCGGGGGGAAGGGGAAUAUAUUAUUUUUUUUUAAUAAACUAUUUCAAUUAUUUAAUUCUAAAAGUAAACUUAGCACAGAAAUGAGGCUCGUACAGCCGAUUUUGUACUCACUGAAUGGCAGAAAGACGAAGGUUUUGCUGGUUAAAUGGGGGAAGAAUUGGCCAGUUUGCUUUUUUUUUUCUCCCAGGGUGUGCUUUUGUUUUUUUUUUUAAAUAUGAAUCAAAAUUCCUGUUUUGUGUGCCAAGGUAUAAAGUUGAGAACUUAGAUGAAUGCAAGGAAUUAAUUUGUGUUGUGAUAAAUGUGUUUUUAAAAGUUGCACUAUCUUAAUGUUUUAAAAAUUAUAUAUGAGGGAACUGUUUUAUGUGAAGUUCUUCUAUAUGUUGUCUUUUCACCUGUGGAGUAACAAUUGAGCCCCAGAAGUGAUCUGGAAGAGUCUGCUCCCCUCCCCCCAGGUUUGCUAGAAAAGGGGACAGGACUUAGCCUAACAUCUCUUGACUUACACAAAUCGAGAAAUACAGGGACACUUAACUUGUCAACUUUGCAAUAAUUUGCAUCUGAGUAACAGCGCAUCAAUGAAGUGUCUUGGAGACUUUUGGAUGGAAGAAGGCAAAUGUGACAUCCCAGCAUUUUCCAUCACUUAGGGUUGAGCUAUUUUGCAGUUUAGACUUGUUUGUUUCAUAAGAGGCAAAACAAAAGCCCAGAUGUGUUUAUUUGUAUUAAUUCUAACCAAGUGCUGCCAUUCUUUUCAUAAUGCAGUAUCGCCAGUACUUAAGGUUUUAGAGAUUUUCGUUCUCACUGUAGCCUGAAGUGUAUUUAGUCACAUAUCAUGACAUUAUGCAAUAAAUUGUUUAAAAAGCCAGGGUGGAUUUUUUUCCCCUGCAAUGCUGUUAACAUACGCGAGACUCUGUUGUGCUUUGCGCUCUCCAUUGCAUCUUUUAGAUCCUGAAGUUCAGCCCUGGCGAUCCAUCCCGUUGGAGUGAAUGGGCCUUUGUGGCUGCCAUCCCUGUGUGGUCUCUGCAGCAGUGCUGGGGCUGGCAGGUGGGAGCACUCGCGCUAAGUGUUGGCCUUCAGCUCUGGAGGCUGUGGUGGGAAACCUCCUCUGGGCACGUCGUCUCGUGGGCGCCAGCAGGACUGUGCUUAUGGGUGGAGGUCACUCGUGUCGUAAUGAAGUGUCUGUACGCCUGGCUUUUGUCAGGCUGGACUUAAAAGUAAUGGGAAGGUUUUGCCUGCUGGUAAAAUGGUACGCAGGGCACUUCUUCCCCUCCUGGUCUUGUGUGGAAGCAAAUGCAGCACUGGAAGGCAAUUGGUGAAUGGUGAUAGUGGCAGCACAAGCACAUGAAAAAAGCACAACUUGCACUUAAAAUGCAUUUUGGAAAUGGACUUAAAGUAAGAACCUAUGGAGUCUUAGUUUGAAUAGUUUCUAAUAUAUAUGUGUAUGUGUGCGCAUCAUUGACUCUUCACCUUUUCUACCCCCCGAAGCCUUGUGCUUGGUGCCCAGGUGCAAGCACCAGGUGCACCAGGUGCCGGCUCCUAUGGCCAGAGACAGGACUUCUGCAUGGCUUCUGGCUGGGCACCUGAGGCGAAUCUUUGAUCUAUGCAGAGUUUUAAUGCCAAAACUGUGUGCGUGUGUCUUUGGUGUGUGUGCACGUGUGUCGUGUGGGCCUCAGCAUAGGUUGUUUUCUUCAUAAAGCUGAUUCGGUUUUAUGCUAGUCUAGGAAAUGUUUGCAGAAGGCAAGACUGUUGAUUUUGGUCUUUGGUGACUUUUGCUGUCCUUGGGAAGCGAGCUUUGGCCAGACAGUGCGUGUGCCUACGCAGAUCCUUUGCAGUUGCCUCAAUAAGGGUUACUUAGCCAAGAAGCCUUUAGGCGAGAACAGCUGGAACUCAGUGGUUGUGUCUGAGCACACCUGGCUGGGGCCCUGGGGUUGGACCAGUUGAACACCAGCAUCUCCCCCUGUGCAGAUCUCACAGGAGUAAGCCUUGGACUUACCUUCAGAGUCACCUCUUGGGAACAUAACUUUAUUUGAUGUCAGCCCCUUGCCAUCCUUCGACAUCUCUGUGUGCCGGUGAAUUUCUGCACAUUCCAUUCAUGUUCUUGGGCAUGAUGCUUGUCUCAGUUUCUUGAUGGAAGACAUUUUUCUGUGUGAAAAUGUGGGCUGUUUCACCCAUUCUGUAGGAAAGAGUAGUGGGGAAAACAACAACUCUUAAUAUUUGCUCACCUAAUGGUUGCAUUUCUUCCUACAUCCUUGCCUUCUCAUUGUGUUUUUGCUGUGCAGAGCUCACAUGCAGCCAUCAGUAGGGAACUGUAAUGGCCUGGUGCUUGGUGUAGGCAAGCUGUCAUCCACCGCUUUCAUUUGAGGGCCUCUUAUGGGAGAAGAUAAUGCAAUAUUUCUGAAUAAAUAUUAAGGGUAUUUGAUGGGAAUCCCAGCAGCAGUGUAAUGUUACAGAAGUCUUUGCUCCUUUUUUGUUGUUAUAGUGAGAGGAAAACUGCCUUUGCACCAGAAAUAAGUGACAAAAUUAAACAGUGUUGUUAAUACUUACAAGUUUGGAAGUUGGUGUUCUCUGAAUGUAGGUAAUUCUGCGGAGAAUUCCCUUUGAAAACACCCAGAAUUAGUUUCCACAGCCACUCAAAUGUCACUCUGCAAGCUAUUAAAGAUUUUGGUAUGCCUUGUAGAGUCAGUAGUUUACAGCUCCAUACUCGUGUUCUACCAUGCACAGAAAACACACAGUGCACGCAAACUGUUUGAUCCAUCCUAUCAGCCUAAACUCUGGCUGCAUCUCCUGAACUUUGCUGGGUAAUCCAUCUUCCCCAAAUUCACUCCAAUGUGCCCAGCUCAGAAAUUUUCAUCUAAAAUAAUUAUUUUUUUUUAUCAAUUAAAGCAUUGUGACCUCCCAGGGGUUAGUUUUUCCCUUGGCAUGGGUCCCUUCUUGGUGCUAAAUACAUCUGUGUGUUUUCUUGUGGUCGUGCAGGCCAUGCUCAGCCACAGGAGAAAGGUUUCAGGAGGAAUGUGCUUUCCUUGUGAUGGAUGAGGGAGCCACGUAGUGUUAGAGCACCCUGUGUCUGAGCUGACUGAGCGGCUCUGCAUGGCACAGCCACUUCCAGCCCUGCCAGGUGGUGCAGUGCUGGGCCUGCAGGCUGACACCCUGGUCUUGGGGAUGCUGUGGAGCAGAUGGGCUGCUGGCGCUGUGCUGACUCCAGGCCCUGCACGUUUAAGCAGGUGGAAAUCGAUGUUCUAAAAUUGUUCUCUGUGGGUCUUUUUGGGUUUUUGUUUUCUUUUUCCAAGGUCAAACUGUAUGCUGGUACAUUUGAAGAUAUUUAUGAUUGUCCCCAAGCUCUCUCUGGUCAUUACCAUUGAGUCGUGUUGAUGUGCAUGUGUGUUUAUACAUACCUGCAUGCAAAAUUGUGCCUGUGAUCUGACCAUCCAUUCUCUGUGUAUAAUUACUAUUCCAUAACAACCUCCCAGAAAUGCUAACUGGCAUCAUGCUCCCAGGAGUAAUGGCAGGUCGUUUGUCACAAACAGUGGGAGGCACGAGAAGUAUUUGUUUCUUUCUCCUGUAGCUGUUGUGGACUGUUUUUGCCAGUCAGGAAGUUUUGCCGAGUGGAUCCUUGCCCAUGCCCUGGUGCGUUAGUCCAUCUUCCAUCCAACUGCUCUCCUUUUUCAGGCUGGGCUUUGAAAAAUCCUCAUGCUUCUGGGACAGUGCUAAUGUAGACCUCAUGUGAUGAGUUCGGCAAAGAAAAUGUAAUUCAUGUAUUCUUUAAAACUCGGAAAUGUGUUAUUUCAAACCUUGCAAAUGCUAAGAACGAAGGGAUGUAUUAGUGUACUGGGUUCGGAUAAAGGUUGGCUUUUGGUUACAUCUUUGCUUUUUAGAUAAAUGGUGUUAGGAAGAAUUGAUAUAUGCAUCAAUGGCUUGAGUUGCUUGCUUGCCAACCAGCAUGAUUGUAACUGCUCUUCUAAACUACCCCCAGAUGUGUCAGUUGUCUCAAAUCCCUGGAAAGGAGGACUCUUGCUGAAUUGUUUGAGAUCUGCUGUGGUCCCGUAGGACGUGGAAAAAUCCCUUGUGAGGGUAUGCUGGAUGUACAGAGGUUUCCUGGCCAAGCUCUCUGUAUUUCCUCUAUUCUGUAUUAGUAAACUGAAGCUCAAACUUUUGAGAAUGGCCCAGCUGAAAAGGUUGGUUGGUAAGAUUUUUUUGGUAUGUAAUAGUUUGCCAGUCUGUGUUCAUCAGUCAGGGGUGCAAGUUACCUUCUGGCCCACCUCUGCACUUGCUGUCACUGUGCUGGCAAAAGCCCCACUGGGCACACUCGCACCAGCAAAACCAAGUCAAAUGACUGGUAUGGCUCCACUUGGGGAUUAGCAGGAGCUGCACCGCAAAAUUCAGCCUCCAUGAGCAACGCUGGAGCCCGUUGUCUUGUCCCAGCAAACUCUAUCCUGUGUCAGUGGCAGCUCUGUUUGGAUGAAGUCCUUUACCGUGCCAGCGAGCGGGAGGUUGUUGGUGUUCCCUUGAAAGAGUCACAGCUAUUGGCAUUAAAUGCAUUUUAGGGCCAUCCUGCUUUCAAAGGAAAAACAGCAUGGUUGCAUCAUGAAACUUGUUGCAAACUCUCCCAAGUUUUCCUUCUGCCUCACUGUUUUCUCCCCAUUUGCAGGCUGAGCAAAAGCAACUGGGUAGCUCUGGUUCUGCUUCAGUGCCAGCUGAGCUUAUUUUUGUGUUGGUCAACAAUACAGAAAUAUCUCAUAUCCUAGAAACUUCCCCUUCACCCCAACGGCCGCUCUCUGUGUGAUUUACUGCCGGAGGUGACUCUGUCGUUUCUUUGCUGUAUUGCUGCUGCUGCUGCUGCUGCUGUUUUACCUGGUUUGGUAUGUGAGCUUUCUGAGAUGGUGUGGGAUGUGUAGGAUCUUGUGGGUGACUAAACCGUCUCUUUUUCUUCUUCCUUUCUCUCUUUGGUUCGUGCUUGUCUGUCUGCUUUGGUAGGGUUAUUAAUGAGUUAUUGACGUACGUGCUAGGUAUAGUUUUGAGGAGGUUUGCAUGUUGGUAGUUUGUAAGCAACUAAGGUGCCUCAUGUUCGGGUCUGAGCAGAUGGGAUCCCCUUGCACUCGAGGGCCUGACCCAAUGCCCGGUGCCGUUGGCGGGAGGACUCUUGCCAACUCCAGGGGGCGUUGGGUCAGGCCUCGCGCUCCCACCUUUGUUGUGCCUCACUUAAAAUGGUGCUUUUUUGGUUGUCUGUCGUUUUCUUUCCAACUUUGUUGGUUGUGGGUUGUUUUUUUCUUUCUGUUGUUGUUGUUUUGUUUUGUUUUGUUUUUUUGUAUGGUGCUGUGUAUAACUUGAAUAUAUUAUGCACAUAUCCUACCCAAUGGGUAGAACAACAAACACACAAACACAAAUAGAUGUUAAUACUGUAAGAUAAUGUACAGAUACCGAUUUUAACACAAAAUGAUGGCAUAGACUUUGUGAAUGCCAACUUCUGUGCUUGGUCCUCUUUUGUAAGAAGAUUUGCAAACGAAUGCAUACAAAUGACAAAAAAUAGUCUAUGUAUUUUAUUUUCCUAUUAAAUAUCAAUAUAAUAUCAUAAGGGAAAAAGUUUGAACAAAUCCUUUUUGACUCGCCUGUGUAUAGCAAUUUGUCAUUGGAUGCAUCUUUGCUGUGAAGAUCUGUUCUUUUUUCUUUUUUUUUUCUUUAAAUGUGUCACUUUAGGAAAAUGGAAAAGAAAAAAAAAAAAAAAGCAAAACAAAUGAAACCUCCACAGCUUUAACCUUGCAGCUAGAUGCUUCUUGUCUUGGGCAUUGCCUUGCUAUUGCCGAGUUGGACCAGGAUUAGUUACUACUUCUCCAGCAGAUACAUUAUUUAUUAUCCUUGAUUAAGUUGUGGUGUUGCUUUUGUUUCUUUUUAACCUAGAAAUGGGCUAAAACCUUUCAGAUCUUUGUUUUUUUUGUCUGCGUCCUUGAUGAGAAGUGAAGCUCAGACAAGCGGGAACCGAUCUAGACCACCCCUGUGAAAUGAAAAGGAGGCCAACAAGAGUUGUAUGUAACCAGCUGGCUCUGCUGUGCUGCUUCCCCACUGCUGUGCUGUGUGCUGAGCGGAGCGCAGGCCUUGAGGCUUUGCUUUCCUCAUGCCCUACUGCCAGGCUUAUUGCUGACAGCAGCAGCUGAGCCCAGGUCAACAUGUAAUAAGGUGGAAGGAAGGCCACAGCCUGGUUGGAGCCAUCGCGGUUAGGGAGCCCUUUGCGCUGUGCAUUUCAGUUGGUAGGAUGAUGACGGCCAAGGGACAGGCCUGCCUGGCUGCUUGGGUCCCCCCUCACAUCCCUGUGCUCCACGCGCUCUUGGCGUGGCUUGUUAGGUGAAGCAAAUACCUCAGGAAAACUAAACGUGAAGUUCUACUUUAGAGAAUUGCAGAUACUCUACUUAUUUUUCUAAGCUGUUUGUUCUAACUAUCCCAGGACAGUAGGUGAUGUACAAGUUUGUCGGUCCGAGACAGACCAGUCCUCUCGCUGAUGGAUGCCGGCUGAUCUCUCAUAGAUACCCCUGUCUGUAUGUAACUUUUUUAUACUUGUCAGGCUUUAACCACAGAUGUAACGUAGCGGUGUGUCGGGAUGUUGUCAGGACAAUGUUUUUGUUUGGUUUUCAGGUGGUAGCCCAGUGCUGUGAGAACGCCCAUGGGCCGUACCUGGGCCUGGUGAAGGCCAUGGCGAAGCCCUGUGGGCUGAGCAGCCCCUGGCUCCCACCCGCAGCACCCACAGCCCGUGGCUCAGAGCACGGCCCUUGGCCACCCCCUGUGCCUCCUCUGCCAACCUGAAACUCCAGCUACACAUUUGUCUGUAAAUAUCUUUUUAAAAAGCCCCGCGGGCGUCCCAUGUCUGAAUGUUGACUGUGGCUCUUCUGUUCUUCGUUUUAAAGAAAUCCAUAAGUUUUAUGGCCAGUUCCACAUCGUCAAGCCCGUGCAGGUAGCUUGUCUCCAUCCCUCUCUCUAUUGAGCCGUUUUAUCAGUAAGCAUGUACCAUAGUGAAGUAUGCAUAUUUUAUGACUGUCGUUUGUUAACUCAUUUAUUGUUUGCCAGGGCAUAGAGCAGUUGUUCUGGAAGUGUAUCUUGCCUGGCCGUGUCCCGUCUCUGUUUGCACUGCAGAACAACUUCUGUGUGUGAAGGAAGAAAAGCAAACAAAAAACCCAGGCCUUGUCUAGCAGGAGUCUUUACAGAGCACACCUUGUGCUAGAAGAACCUAAGGUGUGAUUUAUCGUAACAAAACUUGCGUAUUGAGUGGACCAAACAGGAGCACGUCUCCUUCCGGAGGCACUAAUUGGCUUUGAAGCUGCAGUGGCAGGAGCAGACUCAGAGUGUCUUCACAGCCGUGUUCACAUUUUGCCAUUUUCCACAAAGCGCAGCCAGGAUGUUAGAAGUACAAGCAGAAGUUAGGAGAGCCUCAGGCAUCGUAGAGCCUGGACAGCAAAAAUGAUAAUAACAAAAUCACUUUAGUCUCAUUUAACAACCUUUUCUACUCGCAGUACCAAGGCUACGUAAGCGCUGCUAGGGACUUUUUAUAGCUAUGAACUGCCCAAUGCUGCUGUGCUCAGAGCAUUUCAUGAUGGUAUGUACAUCGGUCAGGCUGUUGUACUUAAAACUAACCACCCAAUGCCUGGUUUUAGAGUGUGGACCCUCUCUUUGUUGCUUCUUGCUCGUUAUUUUACAGUGUAAAAUGCUUUAUUGCUGUAUGGAUUUUUUUUUGUACUUCCAACAUUGCGGCUUUCAAGAUCACACUUUCAGCGUCUCUUAUUUUUGUCCAUUUUUUUGUUUCCAGUUACUCUGAAAUAUGUACAGCACUAUCAACAAUAUUUAAUCCUUUUAAAUUUUAUUGUUGUAAAAGCAAAUCUAUUAAAAACAGUACGGUUUUAUUUUAUUUUUUACAACUGCAUUGGGAUUUCUCAGUAGUUGUUCACGUGAUGCUAUGACAAACCUGGCUUGCUUUAAGUUUUGUUAUUGUCGGUAUUUCUUUUUUUUUACCUUACUUUCCUUUUAACACGAUUAAUUUGUUGCUUAUUUUCCACCGUAACUCCCGGUUAUAUAAAGGAAAAGAUUUCAACUGUUGUGUAUCUGACUCUUUUAAUUGAGCAAAUGGUGAUGUCCUAGUUUUUAGACCUAAGGUCUGUUAUUGCAAUACUUUUAAAGGAAGAUGUUGCUCUAAGUGCUGUUGUUAGUUUUAAAUACAGAUUUUAUGCUUGUUCUUAAUAUGCUGUGGUUAAACCAUAGCACAAAAUUAUUAAAAACCAUGAAACGCA